AUGUCAAAACGAUCGCUCGAGGACAGUGAGGCAGUAGAUGUCAGCAAGGAGGCCAGGAGGGAGGCGAAGAGACUGAAGAAGGGGGGCAAGAUCAAGUCGGGCGAAACUUCUGCGAGAGCGCAACCAGAUCUUGUCGCCACCACCGACUCCGGGCCACUGUCGAAGGAGGAGCGAAGGGCAUCGAAGAAGGCUAAGAAGGAGGCUGCCAAAGCUGAUUUGGCCGAAUCUGCUGCCACCUCGACUGCCGCAGCCAGCGAGGACACCGAAGCAGACGCCAAGGCAGCGCGGAAGGCAGCUCGGAAAGCUGCGAAGGUCGAGCAGGCGAGCGAAGCAACAUCAACGAGCAAUGGACAUUCGUCGGAGGCAAGCAACGGUCUUGCUUACAACCAGGACCCUGCACUGAGUGCAUUACCACAAGCAGAAAUUGAUACAUUCGUCGCCGAGAAGCAGCUUGCGAUCGAAGACCCCAAGAAGCAACUUUACCGUCCAAUCACCAACUUUAAAUAUCUACCUGUGGACGAAGCACAACGAGCACCUUUUGCGAAGUUCGAAUCUCCGACGCCCAUUCAAGCUGCUUGCUGGCCGUAUCUUUUGGCAGGUCGAGAUGUUGUCGGUGUUGCAGAGACAGGUUCUGGCAAGACGCUUGCAUUUGGUGUGCCAUGCAUUCGCUUCAUAGCAAGCCUACCUAAAUCGCAGCGCAACGGCAUCAAGGCAUGCAUUGUCAGUCCAACAAGAGAAUUAGCCAUGCAGAUUUACGAGCAAUUGGUCAAGCAAGGCGAGUCUGCAGGUGUCAAGGUGACGUGCGUUUACGGCGGCACGGUCAAGGAUGAACAGCGAAAGACGCUCAAGGGUACACAUGUGAUUGUCGCAACUCCUGGUCGGUUGAACGAUUUCGUACAAGAAGGCUCGAUAGAUCUGUCUGGUGCACGCUAUGUCGUGUUGGACGAGGCAGACCGUAUGCUUGACAAGGGCUUUGAAGACGAAGUGCGCAAAAUCAUCUCGGCUACUGCUCCAUCUGGACGACAAACGCUCAUGUUCACUGCUACUUGGCCGCCAUCCGUGCGAGAGCUGGCCGAUACUUUCAUGUCCGAGCCAGUCAAGGUCACUAUUGGCGACAACGCAUCUGGCGAGCUGCGCGCGAACACGCGAAUUGUGCAAGAAGUCGAAGUGAUGACGCAGUUCGACAAGCAGAACCGCCUCCUCGAGUUGCUCAAGCAAUACCAAUCUGGCAAGAACAAGAACGAUCGUAUCCUUGUUUUCUGCUUAUACAAGAAGGAAGCUACACGAGUGGAGGAGACUAUACGGCGUCGAGGGUUCAAUGUAGCUGGCAUUCACGGCGACUUGAACCAGCAGAAACGCACAGAGAGCUUGGCAGCAUUCAAAGCUGGUAGUGUGCCAGUACUGGUCGCCACAGAUGUCGCAGCCCGUGGCCUCGAUAUCCCUGCUGUGAAGCAUGUGAUCAACGUCACAUUCCCACUUACCGUUGAAGACUAUGUGCAUCGUAUUGGAAGGACGGGCAGAGCCGGACAAGAUGGACAUGCGUACACGAUGUUCACCGACGCCGAGAAAGGUCUGGCUGGCGCACUGAUCAACGUACUGAAGAGUGCGAACCAGUCGGUACCCGAGGAGCUGAUGAAAUUUGGUACCACGGUCAAAAAGAAGGGCCACGAUGCAUACGGCGCGUUCUACAAGGACACGGGAGACAUGAAGAAGGCAACGAAGAUCACUUUCGACUAG